AUGAGUAUGAAGUCCUUGGUUAACGAAUCUGUAGCUGAAACCGCUUUACUCCUGUGGACUAAACUGAAAGAGCUAACUGGAAAAUCCAUGGAAGACGCUUGCAUGGAGAGUAUUUUAUCUCAGUUAGAUUCUGGCCUGGCAGUGGAUUUCAACCAUUCGUCCACUGUCGUUGAAGACCGUCAAAAGCAUCCAAGAAUUACGUUGUACAAAAAUAGUGGACGCAUCGCCGAUCAACAGCGAAGAUGGAGAGAGGAACUUGCCGCAGUGAACAGGAAAAAGCAGAGGGACGGAAAAUUCGAUACCAAUCGUGGUCUACGUUCCCUUGAAGAUGCUACGCAAGAAAAUACGGAGGAUGAUUCCGCCCUACUUUGCAAUCCUUGGGCCCAAAAACCAAAAAAAUAUCACGGGAAGAGUUGGAGGUCCUAUUCUGCUCAUCUCAUGUUGGCCGAAUGGUUGCUUUUCUUGCCACCAACGUUUCAUGAGAACUACAUGAUGAAACUGUGUCCAAAAGGUCGCCAUGUUUUUGUUUGGGCAGCGCAGGGCUCUACUCGGAUUAUAUCAAGAACUGGAUGGGUACUGAAGAAAACGGUCUCGCGACUCCCAGGUGGAGGGCUGGGACAAAGCGAACAUCAGAAUGCGACCUACUGCACGAUGCUUGACUGCAUUCUCUUGAACCUAACGGCACCAUCUGGAGACAACUCCAUGCAGAUCUGUGACGGGGAUAAUGCUUCGACCGAUUUACCGUUGGAAUUCAAGGUUUUAGAUCUAAUACGGUAUCGUGGCACUUGCUACGCCAGCUUGCCAUUUCGCGAACGCUGCUGUUGGAUGGAACAGUACCUACAUAGCCAGAUAGAGGAGUCUCAAGAGGAUGAUCCGGUUCGUUUCGAAGUCAUCCCAGCCUAUUCUUGCGACUUGGAAUCAAUGAAUGCCGUGUUAUCGGUGAAGCCAAAAUAUGAGGUUGAUGGCAUUCUGUUCUACCAUGAAGUUGUCACCUACGAACCUGGAGCAACGCCACUUGUGGGUUGGCUCAAGCCAUACAUGCUUAGCGAAUGGUUCCCUGAAGUAACCCUCCAUCCAGAUCAUAUGGCUGAUAUUCCAGCUGACUACACAGACUACCGGAACGAAGUUCGUGCACAAGAGGAGCGAGCGCGGUGUAAACUCAAGUCACCGAAUAAACAAGUCAACUGUGAUUCUGUGGGAGAGCAUUCAAUUGUUCACUGACGGACGUCUUCACACCACCUCUCAUCCAUUGCCAUUUUUAUAUUUUUUCACACCUCACUUCUAUGUAUCACGGACGCAGACACCGGAUUCUUUCAAUGUAUAAAUCUUCCUGAGA